AGGAAGAAGGAGGCGUAAAUUACUAGCAACACCCUACGACAUCGAAAGGUUCAAGAUCAUGGAAGAAAAGCGCCUCUCCAUGCUCCGCGCGCUAAAAAAAGCGAUCCCAUUCAACCAAAUUACGUCUCUCUCGUUCCCUUCCCUUCCUCUUGGCCCCCAAAAUUCUGUUUCACAAUCCUAACUCCGAAACCAAAAAUGGAACAACCCCCGAAGCCCGAAACUGUGCCCGAAUCCCACGUCCCGAACGGCCACUCCACCACCACCACCGCCACAACCACCGUCACAAACGGAUCGGGAUCGGAAUUGGAAUCGCAGGUCCCGAAGGAACGCGCCGCAUCGUCGUCCGGCAGCACGAAAAAAUCGGUGCACUGGAGCCCCGAAUUGGUUACCGAAUCCACCUUCACCUCUUCUCCUCGCGAAUCGCGCUCCAAUCCAUACUUUUCCACUUCUUCUUCCUUCUCCCAACCUCCCCCAACGUUCAUGGAGACGGUGGUGACCGUUCGCAAUGUGCUGGGAAGAUGGGGCAAGAAGGCCGCAGAGGCUACUAAGAAGGCUGAGAGUCUCGCUGGAAACACGUGGCAGCACUUGAAAACAAGCCCUAGCUUUGCUGAAGCUGCUAUGGGGAGAAUUGCCCAGGGAACAAAGGUCCUGGCAGAAGGUGGAUAUGAGAAGAUUUUCCUGAAUACAUUUGAGACAGUUCCGGAGGAGCGGCUUCUGAAUUCUUAUGCAUGUUAUCUAUCCACGUCUGCUGGUCCAGUUAUGGGAGUUUUGUAUGUAUCCACCGCAAAGAUUGCAUAUUCUAGUGACAAUCCUAUUUCGUAUAGAAAUGACAACCAAACAGAAUGGAGCUAUUAUAAGGUAGUCAUCCCUUUACACGAGCUAAAAUCAGCGAAUCCUUCAUCAAACACAUCCAAUUCUGCUGAAAAGUACAUCCAGGUGAUCUCGGUUGACAAUCAUGAAUUUUGGUUUAUGGGCUUCUUGAACUAUGAUGGUGCUGUGGAGUCCCUGCAAGAUGCCCUUCAAUCUGGCAGACAAAUACAAUCAGAAGCAUAGUCUGUUCAUACGUUUUAGUGUUUCAAACCCCCAAUUAUAUUUCUUUCCCUUCCACAGAAGUUUGUAGAAUUUGAUCAUUAUGGUGAUAUGGUCUUGGAACUGUUGAUAAAUAUCAGGCCAACUUUUGGCAUUUUUGUGGAUAUGAAUUUUACCUUAGGGUGAUACAAUGGAUCAUUUGAGGGGAUUCAUUAAAGUAGUUAGGAAAAUUGUAUGGUCACUUUUUUCUGCUUCUCAUUCCCUUCCAUGCUCUAUAUUACAAGGAAAACUAGUUUGCUACUCUAA